AUGCACCGCUGUCUUCUGCUGCCUGAGAUCCUCGAAGUGAUAUUUGAUUUUGUCUUCAAUUCUAUGAAAGUGGCUCUCGAAAGAAGUGUUUCCAUCUUUCACCCAAUCCCUUAUAUCUUACCGUCUUGCGAUCAUCACGAUCGACGCUCUGUCUUCUGUCUCGCACUCACAUGCCACGCAUUCCGUGAUAUAGCAUUAGAUCUCCUUUAUUCUCACCUGUGCAGCAUCCGGCCUCUUAUCAAGUCCCUGCCUCACUCGGAAUUGGUUUUCUCGGGCACAGCGUCCCUGGUGCUUACAUCUGAACAGUUCAACUCUUCGAUUCCCUACGCCGCACGCGUCAAGUUUCUCUUUAUGCAAUACGACCACCACGGGACUGUAUAUGCAACCCUCCUUGCAAGUGCGCCCAAAGACACCCUGAUAUUUCCCAACCUGCGCUCGCUUACAUGGUACGAUGGGCGCAUCACCUCCAUCCCAGUUCUCAGACUCCUCCUACUUACUCUCGAGACCCUUUCCAUUAGCAUCGCAGAAACAUCAUUUCGCCAGGCCAUCAUCCCUGACCUCCAUAUUACUGCCCCUCACCUCAAAGCUUUCGAGCUUAUGGGCAAUUACGUCGCAACUCAGUCGGAAAUCGAGUUGUUGUUGCUCACUUAUCAUGAGGGUCUCACAAAGUUUCCGUUUCAAUAUUGCAAUAUCUCGAGUAGCUUGCUCGAUGUUAUUGCUACAUGGCCACGCCUCCGAUGGCUCACUCUCCAGCUGGGUUCCGACAGCAUCCCCUCUGUACCACUCCACACGCCACAGAUGUUUCAGGCACUCACUCACUUAAAUAUCUCGUGCAACAAUCUGGGAAUUUUCACAUCUUUCCUGCGCGCCUUCCGAAUGCUCCGAAUGGAUUCUAAUACGUAUUCUCUUGAAUGCCCCAACCUCAAAACAAUCCAUAUCAACGCAAAAGAGUGCAACUCAUCCAGCACCUGGUCCGAACUCCUCAGCAGUCUCACAUGUACGAAGCUAGAGCACCUCAUUAUCGAAGAGCUGUGUGAUUGGUUUUCUUGCACAUUAGCAGUCUUUGAUUUUCAUCCCCUCCUUGUGCACCCCAUCGCCCUCGCAGAGCUCAAGACCCUUGUUCUCAUCCCAAACGGCUACACUUCAACCAUCACACUCACCGAUACGGACAUCAUCACGCUUGCUCGCACAUGCCCAUAUCUCACCGUCUUUGACCUAAGGGCGCGCAAUACGCCUAUAUCCCUAUAUGCCUUAAACUUCCUUGUAAGGUGCUGCCGCGAGUUGCGCCGGGCCUUGGUCUGCGUGAAUGCGGAGCUCGAUGCACUUGGAAGAACGCUUCCAAAGAACGACCUCGACAACGAUCAAGGGGGUCUGCAACCCAAUACGCAGCUGUCUCAACUACACAUCGGGGGGAAGUCGCCUAUUGCAUGCGUGGGCCCCUUGCGCCCAUCGACGGCGCCAGACCUGAUGAUGUCUAUCCCACGGUUCCUGCACAUGAUGGCGCCGCGGCUUCGUCUCUGGAGGUCAUGGUACAAGGGAGAGUAUGGACGAAGAUGGGAGAUGGUGUCGGACGCUUUGUCGGUAAUGGUGUCGGACAGUGCGAAAGAAAGUUGA